AGGACUUCGAGCACAAAUUGCCAACAGUUGAAACACAUCGUUUAAGCUAACAGCUGAGACAAUGCCGUAUGAUCCGCAAAUCACCUACGAUGAUAUGCUCAAGGUGUGGAGUGGAGGCGAAAGAGAGAACUAUUUCGCACCUCACCUUUCCAUUGGGGAGAUCAUCUUCCGGGAGAUGGAAAGGCAUCCGAAGCUCAUUGCACAGAUCUCAGCCACUGAGAAGACGGUGCUGACUCGGGAGGAGGUGCGUUUCAAUGCGAUGCGUGUGGCCACCUAUAUGCGAGGACUUGGCCUAAAGCAAUGUGAUAUUGUGGGCCUCAUAGCCAGGAACACCACGCACCUGGUGGCCGUGGCCUACGCCUGCUUUUUCAAUGGAAUGCCGUUCCACUCUAUGAACAUCUCCUACGAGCAGGACACCAUUGAGAAGCUGCUUAGCAUUACCAGACCCCGUCUAAUAUUCUGCGACGGUGAUGAGUACGAGAGAGUUCUGGCAGCCACUGAGCACAUCAAGCUGGACACCACAAUCAUAACCAUGCGAAACCACCCCUCGGGAUCCCUGCGGAUUCAGGAUAUCCUGGCAACACCCAUUGAGGAUAACUUCCAGCCAGCACUUCUGGAGCAGGGCCCCGAUCAGACCUUGGCCAUUCUCUGUUCCUCAGGAACCACGGGCGUUCCCAAGGCGGUUACUGCAACCAACAGUCACAAUUGCAUAUUCCCCGGCUUCCUCGUCACCACCGAUGUUGUUCAGUACACGCACAGCACCGUGGAUUGGUUUUCGGGCCUUUCCUCCAUAAUCAACGCUGGAGUUUUCAGCACUACAAAUGUUAUUGCUGACAAUGAUUUUGAUCCCGCCUUCAUGUGUCGUAUGGUCCAGGAAUACAAGAUCGGGUUGGUCUUUCAAUGUCCUUCCCACAUGGCAAUGCUGGCGAACUGCCCGGAAUUCGAAGACGCUGACCUGUCGAGCAUAAAGCAUUGCAUUUUUGGUGGCUCCCGGUGCUCCCUGGAUGUUCAGAAUCGUGUCCGAAGCCGCCUCAAGGGAGAUCUGAUCUUUAGCUAUUCCAUAACAGAGCUGAAUAGCACGGGCACCUUGAACCUUCACUUUGAUGAAAAGCCCAACUCAGUGGGUUGUCUAGUCGCUGGCAACAAAAUCAAGAUAAUCGAUGAAGAGGGUGUGGCUCUGGGUCCAAAUAAAGUGGGUGAAGUGUGUCUCUUCAAUGGCCAGCAUUGGUCUGGCUACUAUGGCAAUCCCGAGGAGACGCUUAUGAUUCGCGACUCUCAAAAGUGGUUUCACACCGGAGAUUUGGGCUACGUUGAUGAAGAUGGCUUCUUGUUUAUAGAUGAUCGCAAAAAGGACAUGCUCAAGUACCACAACAUCAUGUACUAUCCCAACGAGAUAGAGACAGUUAUCUCCCAGAUGCCUAACGUUUCCGAGGUCUGUGUAUUUGGCAUUUGGAAUGCAGUCAAUGGCGAUGAGGCUGCAGCCUCUGUGGUGAAGAGGCACGGAACCAAUCUGGCCGCCCAGGACGUUUUGGACUUUGUAAAGGAACAUAUUGAUGCCCAGUAUAAACUAUUAAAUGCUGGAGUCAUCAUUGUAGAUGAUCUGAAGCGAAGUGGAAAUGGGAAAACCAAUCGACGCGCCAACAAGGAUCACUUUCUGAAUGUUCAGAAGAUCAAGUAGCUUAAAUCCCUAAGCGAGAGAAGGGAGAAACAAAAAAAAA